UGCGACGGUUGCUGUGUUGUUGUUGUUGUUGUUGUCGCUGCUCUGCCCGCGGGGGUGUCGAACGCAAAUUGACAAACUUGCCUUUGUUGCGAAGGUAAACUCUACUUGUUUAUCAAGAGUGACGCGUAUCAGUGCGAGCCGUUGCGAGCAGGAUCGCGCGAUUUUACAAAAAAAAUAACCUGGAAAAAGCAGGACACAAGCUUACUGCUGUGCCGCGUGUGCAAUCAUUAUAAUUUUUUUGAGAUGAUCCCGCGGUCAUGAUACGUAUCAAAGUGCUUUAGCGCGCGUAAUAAGUGGACGAAUCGCCCAGUGCAGCAGCAGCAGCAGUGUCAGAGCGUCUCGCGAAUGGAUGAUGAGCGACUCGGAUGAUACCGAGGUUCUGCUGCUCUUACCUCCGGAUCUGUUCGUUGUGCAGGCGUCCGACACCGAGGGCUGCUCCGACUGCUCGCGUCAGAAAUUCGGGGUCGUUUCCGAUCUCAUCGAUCAUGUGCAGACGCUAGAGUCCAGGAUAUGCGCCAUAGAGUCGAAGAAAAAUAAUAACAGUGCCUCGACGAACGAUACCAAAUUAUCCGCGGAUUCCGGCUUGAGUCGUAGACAAACGUUGCCAAGGGCCAAACGUACUAUCAAAUAAACGCAGACUUGAAGCAACGGAGCAGAGACAUGAGUAUUACGCAAGCAGAAGAGUUUCUUAGAAUAAGGGAGACUCCAAAUAGUUUAGCGUACGCAAAUGACAAUGGUGAUAAUUCAUCGGUCCAUUUUCAAGCUAGAAAACACUCCGAUGCCAAGAGUCAUCAAUCGCAUAAAGAACAAAAUGAUAAAAAAAGACAUAAGGAGUACCAAAAAAUAAAAUUUGCAAACAAUGGUCAUAAUCCAACCCUGGAUGCAUCAUACCAGUCAGAUUAUGAUAAAGGCAAGAAUGUUUCUGACUUUACAUUACCAAAUGAUACGUCAUUCUCAUCUUUUGAUACAGAAAGAUUCAAUGCUGAAUUUAAACCUUGGACUCCCAGCUUUAAUCAUGAGCUUAGUAAUAGCAAGUUGAGUCUUGGUGAAUUGAAAAAUAUGGACAGAAGUGAACUUAAUAAUCAGAGCAAAGCAACUGAUCAAACGUUAAAUGAAACUAUGUAUCACAAUUAUGCACCUGUAGAUACUAAGUACUCUACGGAUAAUAAUAAAGAAAGAGAUCAUAGACACAAUUUUGACAGUAAAUCAAGACCACUUUUAUCAGCAGCAGAGAAUAGUCAAGAUAAUUGUUUGACAAGUUGUAAAAGUUGUCCAGUUAUCUUCAAAGAUUCUACAAAUAUGCCUUUAACUCCUUAUGAACAAAUAUUGAAAAACUCAGAAAUUUCUAGUAAUAGACGUCACACUGCUGAACAAAAUAAUAUUUCUAAUGUUAAUGGUAAACAACAAAAUUUGAGGCAAAAUCGAUUUUAUUCAUUAUCUGAUUUUUGGAAUCAAGAUUCAAGUAAAACUAUGGAAGAACAAUUGAGAAUAAGACUUGAAGAAGAAAGACUACGUAGAGAGCACUGUGAGGAGCUUAUCCAGGACUUACAAAAAAAAUUAUUAGAAUAUCAAGAAAAAAUAGGAGUUGCUGUUCGAGUGGAUAAUGAAAAGAAUACCAUGAUAGCACAAUUUCAAUCAUCAUGGAAAAAAAUUAGACAAAAAUUGCAAGAGACUGAACUAGAACGAGAUAAUAUUCAAAAAAUGUUCAAAGGUUGUAAUGAAAAACACAAGUUGAAUGAGCAGAGUUAUCAAGAACAAAUAAAGAACCACAAAGAAGAAUUAUCAAAAGCCCUAAGUUUAGCUACUGGAUAUAAAGAAAAGAGUGAUGAUCUAACUCAAGAAUUACAAAACUGUAAAUCUCUGGUACAAGACUCUGAAAAAAAAUAUGGAGAAUUGAAAGCUGAAAAUGACAAAUUGUUAGAGAAGAAUCAACAGACUAACAAAGCGUUAAAAACCACCCAAGAGGAGCUGAAUAAAGAGCUAAUGAAAAGUGGAGAGGUGAGGGCUGAAAUGGCACAUAUACACAAAGCUUUAGAUACUUGUGAAACUGAAUUGACUAUUUUGCGUCAAGAAAAAGAAAAUUUGCAGUUAAAACUAAAUGAAGAAUUAAACAGAAAUCAAAUUCUUGAGAAAUCAAAAGCUGCUUUAAACUCUGCUUUAGAAGAUGCAAAAAGAAGCGAGAAAUGGGCCAAUGAAGAACUAAACGCACUGUCUAAACAGCAAGAUAAAUUACGUGCUGAACUUCGAGAUGUAUACCAAAAACAAGUUGAUGACGUUGUUAAAGCUAAACUUCAAGAGUUUCAAACUCAGCUGGACUCUGCUGAAACUGUUUUUCAAAAUGAAAUUGAAAUUAAACAAAAAGCCAUAGCUGAGUGUGCAGCACGAAAAAUUAAAGUUUUAAUGGACAAGCAUCGAUUAGAAGUUAAUCUAAUUGAAGAAAAACACAAAGAAGAAAAGAGACUGAUUGAAAUAAAAUUAGCUCAAGCACGUCAAAAAUCUACAAUAUUAGAAUCUCAAUUAAAUAAUUAUAGAAAGACGAAAAACCAACUGGUUGAACAAAUCCAUAUAAUGAUGCAAAAGCAAUGGCAGGAAGCUUUGACGAUUAUUUCUAGAGGAAAUGGAGAAAAUGUACCUAAAAUUCCAAAAAUUAAUGUAGAAAAGUUUUUCGAACUUUCCAGUAACAUUAAUUUAGACGCGGUACCAAAACAUUCCAGCACCCUUCAAUUGGAACCAAUGAAGCUUGAUUCUACCAAAUCUAGUCCACGAAAUUCCCAAUUGCAGGACCAGCAAAAUGAAAGUAUUAUGACUUUAACAUCACAAGAAGAACCUCAUUUAAGUAAUCAGAAAGAAAUAGAUAAUGAUUUGAAAAAAUACAUAAAAAUGAUACUGGAUUCACAUCAAGCUUAUGAAACAAACAGUAAACCAAAAUUUUUUAAUCAUUACAAUCAUAGUCCACCGUCAUCUCAAAAAGAAAACUCAAACAAACAAUCUGCAAAUCAAAAAGAAAAUAACGAAAAUGCAUUAUGGCAACCAGUUUCUGAUAUGUCUUUACACGAUACCAGUGAAUAUUUAAGUGUACCACAAAAGUUUGAUUAUAAAUCAGAACAAAUGAAACACCAAAAACCACCAUGGAAAUAAUAAUUUUCUUUACAUAGCACCAGUAAUCGUUACAUUAACGAUUUUGGUGUUGUUUCAAGUCAAUUGUAUGUAUAUUAAAGUAUUUUAAGUAAAGCCUUUACACAAUGUAUAUUUUAGAAAACUUUUUUGUGUAACUACAAUAAAGUAUUUUUUACUUAAA